UAUGGGAAGACAGCGAAAACGAGGUUUGUGCGGCAGGAGUGAGAGGCAGUAUAUAAGGCAGCGGGCGACCUGGAUCGACAUCACACUCCACCAUGAAGUUGCUGAUUCUAGCCUCCGUGUACCUGGCUGCCGCCUCCGCCCUCCCUCAGAGUUACGGCCCGCCACCGACCCCAUCAUACUCCUCCGGCGGUUCAGGAUUUUCAGGUGGCUCAUCAUUCAGUUCAGGAUUCUCUUCAGGUGGCUCCUCAUUUAACUCAGGGUUCUCAUCGGGCGGUUCUGGAUACUCUGGAGGCAGCUGUGGAGGAGGACAAGUUCGGCAUGUGGACGGCAGCUGUGUAACGCCCCAAGUCACCCGAAACUUGUUCGUGUACAGAGCGCCAUCACUAGCACCUAUCGUGGGCCCACGACCAUUCGUUCCCCUACCAAGAGUUGAACACAAUGUUAUAUUCAUCCACUCCCCAGAGCGAGGCCAAGGACAGGAACCCAUUGUCGUGCCACCACCACAACAGAGAAACGUCGUCUACGUCCUCAACAAACGGCCUGAGCAAGACCAGAGAGUCAUCCACGUACCAUCAGGAGAACAAGAAUCUCCUGAGGUGUACUUUGUGAACUAUGCUGAUGGUGACAACCCAACCUUGCCCACAGGCGAGGAUCUGCAGUCUGCUCUCAGCUCUGCCUCUCUUGGUGGCGGUCAAGUCAUCGGUGGCUCCGGUAGCUUUUCAGGUGGAAGUUUCGGCGGCAGCUUUGGAGGCGGCGGCAGCUUUGGAGGCAGCAGCAGCUUUGGAGGCAGCGGCAGCUUUGGUGGCAGCAGCAGCUUUGGAGGUGACAGCUUUGAAGAUGGAGGGUUCAGCAGCGGAGGCAUCAGCAUUGGAGGCGGUGGUGGAAUAUCAGUGAGCACUCCAUCCAGCCUGUACAGCUCGCCUUAAACAACAUCCGACUUUGACAACUGCCUCAUUUUGUUUAUAUAAUUAUUUAAAACUAAAUAGAUAUUAUAUUGGUUGUUUUUUAAGUAUAAAUUCUGUUACAUUUUGGAAUGAUUUCUUGAAAUAUAUGUUACUAUAACCCAA